AUGGAAACUUAUGUUUUAAACAAUCAUCAUUCUAUUUUCAUUUCCACAGGUGCCCGAACAUGCUUAAGAUCUGGUGAGUCACGUGGCUGCAUUUUAAUGGCGAAACUGCUACACAUUAUAUCAAGGAAACGCCCACUAGAAAAUACAGCCAGUCGUGGGAAAGGGGGCGGGGCUGAGUUGGAGAAAUGUCUUUCUACGGUGGAUCUCAUCUCCUUGGGUGUUGGAUCAUGUUGUGGGGCAGGGAUGUACUUGACAGCUGGAAUCAUCGCUUCUACAAAGGCGGGGCUAGGAGGCGUGGUUUCGCUGUUCUUAGCUGGUCUUGUUUCGGUACUGACAGGUUGCCAUUAUGCUGAGCUGGCUGGGAUGUGUCCAGAAACUUCUGGCUCCGCCUACAUGUAUGCCUAUGUUACCGUGGGAGAACUGUCAGCUUUUGUCAUUGGCUGGGGUCUUAUUGUGGAGUAUGUUAUCGGCACGGCAGCGGCAGCUGUUGCUCUCAGUGAAACCUUCGACUCGCUAGUGAACAAAGAAAUCUCCACCUUCAUCAACUCAAACUUGGACAAAGUGGGUUUACCACAUGUGGAUGUUAUUGCCGCCAUCGUCUGCUUGUUGUUGAUGUGGCUACUGGCCAGCGGGGCCCAAAUGUCUGCUCGAGUCAACAACAUCCUCAACGGACUCAACUUUGUCUCCUGGGCUGUGUUUAUUGGGGCGGCUUACUCACUUGGGUCACGGACAAACUGGACCGAUCAUGGUGGCUUCUUGCCGUUUGGUUAUCAAGGCGUGCUGACAGCCAUCCCUACAGCCUACUACGCCUUUGUGGGCUUUGAUGGGCUUGCUACCACUGGGGCUGAGUGUAAGACUCCAGUUACAUCCAUCCCAAUCUCAAUCAUCAGUUCCAUUGUCAUCAACAUCGUCGUCUUCACCAGCGUUGUCAUCGGGUUAACCCUGAAUGUGCCUUACAAAUAUUUCGCUCACGUCUGCCCCAAGCGACACACAGCUGUGCGAGCCACCAUACUAUCAGGCUUGGUUGCUACAUUUUUAGCAGCAUUUGUACAACUCCACCUCUUGAUUGAACUGGUGCUUAUCGGCACAUUACUUGCCUACGUCAUCGUGACAUUCAUCACACUCAUCAUACGAUUCACCGAUAUAGGUCAUGUGACUUCCUCAGCCAGUGACAAAUCUGCUUCAGCAAAAGAAUUGACCGAAACAACACCUAUUAUAAGUUCAUGCGUAAUUAAGCGGAAGUCAUCAGAUACAAAUUUAAAUCAGCUCAAGGAAGAUGGAGCUAAGCAGACAGUUAACCGGCAAAAUUCUGGAAAUAAUGAAAAAGUUUAUGAGAAUGGUGAAGUAAUAAAUCUAGCCUACGAAGAUGAUGAAAGACAGAUUUACCCAAGAAGAAAUUCAGCAAAUAGCCAUUUUAAAAAAUAUGAUGAAUGCAAAGAAGUUGUCACUGAGGCAUUGAAUGACUACAAAGAAAUAUCUUACAUGUUUAAUCAAAGUACAUCUUUGUUCGAUGUAGCCGAACCAUCGUCACCAACUAGCAGAAAUAUAUUAACAAAAGAAUGGUGCUGUACAAACCUGGACAAUGUCACAUUCUAUUUAAGUCGCCAUAUUGUAGUUUAUUUGUUAAUAUUCUAUGGCUGUUUGACAUCGAUGUGUACCAUACUGGCUAACUGUUUUGCGCAGAUAGUGGCUAGGAAUUUCCUGGUGAUUGCCUUGCUAGCUGUUCUCAUGAUCACAGUGUCUUCUUUGGCAGUUUUUCUGAUGUUUGUUCCUCAAAUUAAACGGACGGGUGAUGGGUUCCGGACCCCGCUGGUCCCACUGCUCACUGUGAUUACUGCAGGGGUCAACAUUUACCUGAUGGUCUCUCUUAGUUGGAUGACCUGGCUCUUGUUUCUGGCCUGGCUGUUUGUAGGACUGGGUAUCUACUUCCUGUACAGCACAAGACACAGCAGUUUGAAUACUCCAAGAGUGGAGAGUUCUUCUGACCUGGAAAGUACAGAGAUAGAGCUACUGAACAUUCCUGACACAAAUGAGAAAGAAAAUGCACCCUUACUUCAUUCUCACUGA